UCACGUCCAAAGCAGCUUCCUUCUUUACGCAAACACCAGAAAAUGGAAUUACAUCUUCCUGCCAUUCAAACAUUAUAUAUACUAUUCCAAGCUGUUUCAGUGCUUCUACAUCAAAAGUCAGAGAUUGAAUCUAUGAUUGAUCUAUCCUGACCCCACAAUCCACAACUAUCUUCAAUCCUGACCAUUCCUGUGUAAGGAGUGGGUUGAAGAUUAAGAACCAGUCCAAUCCUGCCAUGGUUUCCAAGAAAGCUGGGUAGGUGUGGAUUCAUAGAUCCAACAUUUCUCUUAUGAAGAUUAUAGGAAACCCAGUUUGGCAAAAUCUAUAAAGCAGGUUAUAGAUAGAUGGUCCCAGCUAUAAAGUUGAAUCCUUUGUGAGGUUUGAAGCAACUUACAUGUUAGAGUCAGGUUGUGCUUAGCAACAUUAGAAAGUUACAAAGAUCAAACAUUUGGUAGUGCAUAAUCCAAUUCACUGAAUCCAUUAGAGUGCUGUUUUGGAUUUGGUGUAUUGAAUAUUUUGAUCUGAAGUUUGUGGAUGGGUGAAGAGGGAAUGGUCAGUGAUGUCAAGGACACUCCUGCAGCCAAACCAAACCCAAAGUUGACACUUUUGCCUCUUAUAGCUUUAAUCUUCUAUGAGGUUUCUGGGGGUCCUUUUGGAGUUGAGGAUUCAGUCAGGGCUGGAGGAGGUCCUCUUUUGUCAUUGCUUGGCUUCCUGGUGUUCCCAUUAUUUUGGAGCAUUCCAGAGGCAUUGGUGACAGCUGAGCUUGCCACAAGCUUCCCUGAAAAUGGUGGAUAUGUGCUUUGGAUAUCAGCAGCUUUCGGGCCAUUUUGGGGUUUCCAAGAGGGGUUUUGGAAAUGGUUUAGUGGGGUUAUGGACAAUGCUCUUUACCCUGUCCUAUUCUUGGAUUACUUGAAGCAUUCAUUUCCCAUUUUCAAUCGAAUGGUUGCUCGAAUCCCAGCUCUUUUGGGAAUAACAUUCUCAUUGACUUACUUGAAUUACCGCGGGCUGCAUAUUGUUGGGUUCUCUGCAGUUUCCCUUGCCGUCUUUUCAUUGUGCCCAUUUAUUGUGAUGGCUGUUCUUUCGAUUCCUAGAAUAAAGGUCAAGCAUUGGCUAGUAGUGGACUUUAAGAAGGUGGAGUGGAGGGGAUACUUCAAUAGUAUGUUUUGGAAUCUGAAUUACUGGGAUAAGGCAAGUACUCUUGCAGGGGAGGUUGAUAAUCCGAGCAAGACAUUUCCAAAGGCGCUUCUUGGGGCUGUAGUUGUGGUGGUUGGUUCAUAUUUGAUUCCACUUCUUGCUGGUACGGGAGCCUUAAACUCUUCAUCUAGCGAGUGGACUGAUGGGUACUUUGCAGAAGUUGGGAUGUUAAUAGGUGGCGUUUGGCUCAAGUGGUGGAUUCAAGCAGCUUCUGCAAUGUCUAACAUGGGGUUGUUUGAAGCAGAAAUGAGCAGUGAUGCCUUUCAACUUCUUGGGAUGAGCGAGAUGGGAAUGCUUCCAGCUAUAUUUGCUUCAAGGUCUAAGUAUGGAACACCUACCAUAAGCAUCCUGUGCUCUGCCACCGGGGUCAUCUUCUUGUCGUGGAUGAGUUUUCAGGAAAUCUUGGAGUUUUUGAAUUUCUUAUAUGCUAUCGGAAUGCUUCUUGAGUUUGCUGCUUUUAUAAAAUUGAGAAUAAAGAAGCCAGACCUUCACAGACCAUACCGAGUUCCCUUCCAGACAUUUGGAGCAAUAAUGCUUUGCCUGCCUCCCUCAUUGUUGCUUAUUCUCGUUAUGUGCUUGGCUUCUCUGAGGACUUUCUUAGUUAGUGGUCUGGUGAUUAUAGUGGGUCUAUUGUUAUACCCUCUUUUAGUUCAUGCAAAGGACCAUGGAUGGGCACAGUUUGAUGCAGAACUACCCACUGAGGCUCCCAAGAAUUGUUCGGAUGGCCUCUCUGUGGUUUCACAAUUGCAUUAUGUUCAAGAUGAAUCUUCUAUAAGCCUUCUCUCAGACUUGCCAUCUGUUAACGCCGAUCAAGAAUCUUCGAAUAUAAGGUCAGAAGAAGCCUUCAAAUUAGAGUAGGUGGUCUUUAUCAUACUUCUGUACUACAAAGAUGUGUAACACUAAAACUUCCACAGGUUUACAAAGCAAUGUAUUCUUUAGCUGUAAAGAAGCUGUAAUCCUGGUACAUGUAAAGCUGCAUAUUUGUAUCCUUUCUUAUGCCAUGAUUUGGUGUCUAGUUAUUUUGAUGCACUCUUCUCAUUUAAGUUCAGUUGAAAA